AUGUGUGAAAGUGAGAGUUCUCACCCACGAUCACUUGCCUCACAUCACGCUCAAGACUCUCUCCCUACCCUCUGGUCUUCGAGAGACUCGCAGGGCACUCUCACCAUGUUUGAUGAGGUGGAGAAGCGGUCUCCAGGGCAACAGUCUGCAAACAAGUCAGGCAGCGAGAACGAGCGCCCCUUGAAGCGGGUCAGAGCCGACGCUAUGGCGGGCGCGCUCGACAGCAAGCGAAGGGUUUCUUUUGCCCCAUUACCUGACACCACCAGCUACAGAUCAGCGUACGACGAAGCCGAGGCAGCACUGAAGAAGCUUACUGUCCUCGAUCGCGACCAAGCUGUACACCUCCUGAAGAACCACUUCGAAGUCAGCGAACUGCUUCACGCAGCCAAUAGGCAGGGCUCUGGAGAGUCCGAGGGAGCGGUGAGCCUGAACGAAGUCGAUGCGACAAUUCAGGAACUCAUCCAGGAAAAGGAUCAGCUCGAGGCAGCCCUCAGCGAGGAGUUGGAGGUGCUCGAGAAGGCCAAGCAAGCGCUUGAGCGGAAAGUCGAGUCCUCGACGAAAUUGUGUUCGAAGAUGCUGCAGCAGAAUAUGAGUAGGCUCGAGGAUGGCUUGGGCGAUCUGCGCGACGAGGCGAGAAAUUAUGCCUCUGCCGUCACCAAGCACGACAAGGACAAGGAGAUUGCCCGACUCCACGGCCUGAUCGGGCAGUUUGCGGAGAAGAUCGUGGACGAGUUCAAGACGAGCUUGACUAUCGCAAGCAAGAUGCUCGGUCAUCCGAUUGCUUCAACUACGACCGCGAAUGCCCAGGUCCAAGAAUCUCCACGCGAAACCCAUGCCACCCCGAAGACUGUUGAUGCUGCCAAAGCCGGUAGUCCAGAGGAUGAAUUCGAGGAGGACGACCUGGACUUGAGCGAGUAUGAAGAGCAGAGCCGCAAAGAACAGCAGAACCCCAAGAACAAGAAGCUCUACGGCACCGAGUAUGUUGACAGUCACCCGAACCAGAACUUCUUCCACCGUGCCAGCGGGCGCUGGAUGAAGGGCUUGCCACCUCUAGAGGCUUCCAACUUCACCGGCGUUCGUGGACCAGAUGCAAAGAAGUGGAAGAAGAUGAAAGAGAAGUACGAAGCCAAGAAGCCAAAGACGGAAGUGAAAGCCGAGAAGCAGGCCACGCCGAAGAAGGUUGAGCAAGGCGCCACCAUCAAGGAUGAGGCAAAUGGAGAUGUCAAGGUCGGGAACACAACGCCAGUGCAGGAUAAGACCCAAGUCGCUGCCAGUGCUCGUAAGAUCCAACAGCUGGAAGCCACUGUGCGCGACCUGCAGUUCAAGCUGAAGGAGCUACGUUCGAAGCUGGAGGAAGAGGUUCGCGCUCGACGAAAGGCGGAGGCUGAGCUGGCGAGCAGUCGUACCUUGUGA